AUGCUCUUCACCAACCUCAUCGCCGCCACUCUCCUCGGCCUCGCAACCGCCCAGCAGAGCCCCAACGGCCGAGGCUGCGGCUUCAAGAUUGCCCCCUGCCCGGCAGACACAAAGUGCGUGCCCAACGACUAUAGCUGCACCAACCUCCACCGCUGCCCCGGCACCUGUUACUUCAAGAACCAGUACCAGACGUGUGGCGGCUUCCGCAUAGAGCAUCCUCCUCGCUGCAAGAAGGGCACGCACUGCAUCGACGACCCUCGCAUUCCUGGCUCGUGUGGCAUGGCCUGCGACGCUCCCGGCAUCUGCGCUCCCAUUAAGGCACCCUCUUGUGGUGGAUUCAUUGGCGAGGAGUGCCCCAAGGGGCUUUGGUGCUACGAUAAUCCUACGGAUGACUGUGAUCCUGAGAAUGGAGGUGCCGACUGCAUGGGUAUCUGUCUGUAA